AGGGGUAGCGGAAACAUCGAGGUUUAGCAUACGGAAUGCGUAUAUGGAAGGCACGGACCUUUUCUAGCGUCCGUCUAGCGAAACCUCUUCUUCUUACUCCGUUCAUCCCCUCUUCCAUCCUGGACCAUCGUCGUUUGCGUGUGAAGUGAAGAAAGAGAGCCACUCAGGCUUGCAGCCAGGAGUCUCUGCGUCUGUGAACAUCUAUCUGGCAAAAUCAAUAGUACAUAGCCCGCCCACAGUAUCCAAAGCGCACAAAUCUUGGACGUUCAUUCCCAACAUCUGAACGGCAGCCGGCACGAGACAGCGCUGCACGAAGCUCGAAUGUUCGAUCCACUGUCCGAUCCAGAAGAGCGGGCGGUACUCCACGCCGCACUCGAUAGCUUCCGUCAAUACCGCCAUGCGGCUCACUACAAUGUCACCCACCUGAGACGUCAGGCUUUUUACAGCUUACCUUACGCUCAUAUUGACCUACUUGCUGAACCACCGUUCUCUCUGCCGAAGACUUUCGAGGCGGUCGAUGAUGCUAUUGACUCCAAUGGCGACAUCGCAGAGGCAAUUCUGGCCUUUGGGGUUCCCGCUUUUGGCAUUGCAGACGAUUCGUGGAAAGGUCAUGCUACACCGAGCGACAUGGACAAAGCACGCCUGACCAUCUGUCAGCUAUACCGUGAGUGGUCGGUAGAAGGCUUGUCUGAAAGGCAUGCUUCCUUCUCUCCCAUACUCUCGGCUCUUGAAACACAUCUGCCCAAGGCGAGGAUUGAGGGCCGUCACCACUGCCGCAUACUCGUUCCUGGGGCGGGUCUCGGAAGGCUAGUCUUCGAAUUGUACGUGGCAGGCUACACUGUGGAAGGUAAUGAGAUUUCCUAUCAUCAACUCCUCGCCUCCAACUACAUAUUGAACGGGACACAGAGUGCAGGCCAGCACAAGCUAUACCCUUUUGCUCUGACCUUUACCAACCACCUCAAACGAAGCGAUCAGCUUCGUGCCGUGGCUGUGCCUGACAUACACCCUGCGACAAUAUUACAAGAAGCUCAAGGCAGGAUGCCUCCCCAUAUGAAACAUAUUGCGCGAAUGAGCAUGUCAGCAGGCGACUUCUGUGCAUUGUAUCGCAGGCCAGAGUACGAAAGCUGCUUCGAUGCCGUAACAACAUGCUUUUUCAUUGACACAGCGCCGAAUUUGAUCAAUUACAUAGAGGCUGUUAAGCACUGUCUUAGGCCCGGCGCAGUCUGGAUCAAUCUAGGCCCGCUGCUUUGGCACUUUGACGCAGCGCCGCAUCCGGCUCACAGGAGGAAAUCGACUGCUUCGAGCCACCCACAACGGGAUGAGAUGGGCGACAACGAGACCGGCGAAGGCUAUGCGUCAGGUAUUGGACAACCGGGCUCAUUCGAACUGUCAAACGAUGAGGUUCAUGCCCUGGUGCGCCACUUUGGGUUCGAUAUCACUGACCAAGCAGAGAUGCCGGCUGGAGCAGCGGGAUAUAACCAAGAUUCUGCUAGUAUGCUACAAGACAUCUAUAGGCCUAGCUUCUGGGUCGCGAAGAAGAGGUGAAACACCGCGGCAGAUGAUCCAACAAGUAUCUAAAAUGUCACCGGCCGCCUCGGCUAGAACGCCAACGCUAUCUGGUCCAGUCUGAUACACAUCAGGCGCGUUGGAGAUGUGAAAAGAAGUGUUCUA